GCUAGUGAACUCUGAGCUGCUCACUCUCUCUUCUUCUUUUGUUGAGUUUUGCUCCUCGAUACUGCUUCUGUUUCUUCAAGGUACCCUUGGGUGAGCAAAAGCAAUGACUCAAAUCAGCAAGAAAACUAAAGCUACCAAGAAGCAUUUUCCACCAGAAAUCUUCUUUGAAAUUAUUUCAAGGCUGCCCCUAAAAUCCGUGGGGCGUUUUACCACUGUCAGCAAAUCAUGGUAUUCUUUUAUUAAAUCAUCUGCCUUUAUUGCCGCCCAUCUCAACAAAUCUAUUGCUAGCAAAAUUGAUAAUGAUAGCUUGCAUUAUCUUCUCUAUGUACCACCCUUGGUUGAAGAUUAUAAAUUAUGCACGGUAGUUUCUGACAACCUGAUGAACUUUGAUGUGGUUUAUGAUGUGGAGUUGCCUGUGGAUUUUGAAUCGAAGAGAUGUAGACCGAUUGGUUCGUGCAAUGGUCUAGUUUGCUUAGCUGAUGAUGAUGAAGAAGAUUUUCAUGGUCGAGUCAUUUGAUGGUGGGCUGCCUCUUUAUUCUUGGCUGGCCCAAACUUAGUAAUAUUGGGCCUUGCCGGGUUGGUUGAUCCAACGGUUUGAAAUUGGUUGGAAAUGAAAAGCAUUUUUCUGGAAACGCGUUUUUUUUAAUAAUGGGUGAUUGUUGUGGACCUUACACUUGGCACCUUUGUAAUCGUUGGAUCUUUAAUAUUUUGCUAGACUAUUAAAAGUCUCGUGACUCUUCACUUUUGCCCUAAUUUGAGUGAACGGUUCUAGGGUUUUCUUCGUCUUCUCUCUGAGGGUUUUUUGGACUCUUCUGUUCUUGCAUCUUUCUGAAAGCAAUCUCUAAUCUGAGUGAUGUUAGGGUUGUAUUUGGUAUAUGAUCUGUGAGAUUGUAGAAAACUGAGUGUUGUAUUAUAGAGAGGCGAAAGAAAACUGAAAUUGAAGGAACUGCGGUUUCUUCAUACAUUCUUGUAUCGAUUCUUUGUGAUUCUUAGUGGAUUCGAGCCUAAUCUAUUUUUGUAGAUGCUCAACGGGUGAGUAGGCCUUUUGGCUAAACUUCCGGGCCCUUAGG